UCUCUCUGACCCCACCCCUUCAACUCCCAUCUAGAAAAAGUUGUUGCAAUACUUUUAUAACUAUCGAAUUUUUCCUGGGUACAUAGGAUUUUUUAUUCGAUGCCACAGGCGCUCUUUCUGUAAUUAAAGUUCUUUCUGUAGUAAAUUAACGGGAAAUUGAGUCGGGCUCGGAAUCCACAAAGAAUUGCAAUAAGUUUCGAAUUUUCUCUGAUCUGUAUCUCAUGUACGUGUACAAGAAAGGUGUGUGCUCCAUUAUCCAAAGUGUUAUCAAUUUAAUAGCAUAAAAUUCACAAAUUCAGAUUUUUUUCUACAAUAUAUUGCAAAAUUAUUACAUGACAGACUUGCAACAAUAUUCAAUCUCGGUUGGAAAAAGUCAAUCCUUUCUUCAUGUGUAUACAAUAGCGGUAUUUCAUUUAAAUGUAAUACCCUUGUAUUGCUCAUGAUAUUAAAGGGCGAUGCUGGAAUGGGUUUUAGCCGGACUGCUGUGUAUUGUGACCUAUGUUGUCUUCACCUUGUCAACUUCGUCAGGGAGUCAGUAUGAGGAUAACAGUAUCGAUGCAUUCAUCAGUAAAGAUAGUUCAGUUGCCAAAAGGCCGGCUCCCAGGGAGAGUAAAUACAAGAGGAACUACAUUACAGAUGGACGACAGAUUCUGUUGUUGUAUGGAACAGAGUAUGGCUUCAGUGAAGAGGUGGCCACGAAACUGUUCGACAGGUUAGGUGAAGAAUCUGUUUUGAAUGGAAUGUUAUGGCAGCCGCGGCUGGUCAACGUGAAGUACUACUCACACAUCCGCUGGACGGAGGAACAGCUGUGUCUCCUUGUCAUCUCAACCAGCGGGGACGGUGUUCCUCCAACUGAUGCCUUGCCAUUUUACCAGAUGCUGAUGAAUUCUGGUGAAACACUAAGUCAUAUACGGUAUGCAGUACUGGCACUUGGGGACUCCAACUACCCACAUUUCUGCAAGACUGGGUUAUCACUUGAUAAAAGACUGGGUGAGCUGUCGGCAGUGCGAUUGUUGGAUUGUCAGACCAUAGACAUGGAGGAUUGGCCGGUGAUUUCUGAUUGGAUGAACAGGGUGGUUGGGGCGGUCAGUGAAGCCGACCUAGCUGUCAAAACUGACUACCUUGUUGUGAAUUCUCUGGGGAACAAUGAGGGACACACCAGGACAAAUCCGUUCCUCUCAAGGUUAUUGGUAAAGAAGCCAUUGACUGUUGUCGACAAUGAUGAGGACAAAGUGACCAUUCAGUGCGAGUUUGACAUCACAGGCAGUGGACUGACAUGGACUGCAGGUGAUGCAUUAGGUGUUUAUCCCCACAACAACCAAAGUCAGGUGGAGGGGAUUCUCCAGGCCCUGGGGUACACGGGACAGGAGGGGGUUGAGACAGAUCAGAGACCCUGGGGACAUACAGACAGAGUCCUGACAUGUAAGGAGAUGCUUCUUCGAUACCUGGAUAUCAAGCAUGUCAAACCCGAGCUUCUGGAGUUAAUUCUGAGUCACUCCAGCUGUGAUGACCAGAGACAACAGCUCAGGGACCUUCUUCACACACAGGUGCCUUCAGGGGUCAGGGAAUAUUUGUCUGUGAGGGAGGUACUAGAUGUUGUGGAGGAGUUCAAGGUUGGCCCCCUCCCUGUCGAUAGAUUCCUGUCCCACCUGAAACCUCUCCAGCCGAGGUAUUACUCUAUCUCAUCAUCCCCACAAAUAAAUUCCAACACAGUGUGUGUAACAGCUGCAGUGGUCCGUUACUCCACACUGGGCCGGGACCGGGAAGGUGUAACCACCUGUUACCUACAGGACCGACUGCUGCCAGGGGAUCAGUGCCCCGUGUUCAUCAGCAAAAAUCCAGACUUUAGGUUACCUAGCAACACCAAGACUCCCCUCAUUUUGAUUGGUCCAGGCACAGGGAUAGCUCCAUUCAGAGCCUUCCUACAGGAGAGAGCUCUGUUAAGUGAGGAGGAAAGAGGACAGAUUCUCCUGUACUUUGGAUGUAGACACAAAAACAAAGACUUCCUGUACAGGGAUGAACUGGAGAAUUUCGCAGAGAAAUCUGUGAUAUGUCUCCGGCCUGCCUUCUCCAGAGACCAGGAGGAGAAGAUUUAUGUUCAACACUUACUCCUGCAGGAUGGAUCUCUGAUAUGGAACUUGGUUAAUAAAGAGAAGGCUGCAGUUUAUAUCUGUGGAGAUGCAAAGCACAUGGCCCGUGAUGUUCAUAAAGUGUUGUUACAGAUUAUUGUGAUGCAGGGGCGGACAACUCAAGAUGAAGCUGAACUUCUCCUCAAAGGUCUAGAGACACAGGGUCGAUAUCAGAAGGAUGUGUGGGUCACAUGACCAGGGGCGUCUGCUAAAGAAUGAGGUCACCAGGUGCUAGGGAACUGUGCAAUCAGAGAUACAGUCAAAUACAUUGAACUAUAUUUGAUUGAUUUAUUUUUUUUAUAUGUACAUGAGAACACGUGUUGAUUUACCUCAAAAAAGAUUUCUGUGAUACUGUUUCAAAUUUAUUUUAUGUUUAUGGUAUUAAAUAGUUCAGAUAUUGAAA